AAUGAAUGGACAUAUUUCAAACACACACAGCAGUGCAUAUGCGAGUUACUCUUCACAAAUAAACGGGUAUGGAUCGCCAACCUUUGCGCCAAGCGACAGAGACCAGAGUUCAAAGACAAGCGCAAAAGCUUUGUACGAGCAAAGAAAGAAUUAUGCACGAGAUAGUGCGAGCAGCAUCUCUGAAACGUCACAGUACCAUGUGGAGCACCUGACCACUUUUGUUUUGGAUCGGAAAGAGGCCAUGAUCACGGUAGAUGACGGGGUAAGGAAACUGAAACUCCUCGACGCCAAAGGCAAGGUGUGGACACAAGAUAUGAUUCUCCAAGUGGAUGAUAAAGCCGUCAGUCUGGUGGAUCUAGAAUCCAAGAACGAACUGGAGAAUUUCCCCCUGAGCACCAUUCAACACUGCCAGGCUGUGAUGAACUCCUGCAGCUACGAUUCCAUCCUUGCCUUAGUUUGCAAAGAGCCAGCCCAGAGCAAAGCUGAUCUUCAUCUUUUCCAAUGUGAUGAGGUUAAGGCUAACUUUAUCCAUGAAGAUAUUGAAAGUGCAAUCAGCGACUGCAAAGGGGUGAAACCAAAGAGGAGACUCGAAACACUCAGGAUGAUUUCCAAAGCUGACAGCGCUAUUCCUCCACCCCCCAAAGCGCCGGCUCCCGUUCCCCCAGGUACCGUCACGCAGGUGGACGUCAGAAGCCGGGUGGCAGCCUGGUCCGCUUGGGCAGCUGAACAAGGAGAUUAUGAAAAAUCCAGGCAGUUCCAUGAACACGAAGAAACAGCUGAAAUGGUGACAGCCAGAAUUGACAGAGACAUUCAAAUCCUAAACCACAUCUUGGACGAUAUUGAAUACUUUGUCACCAAACUUCAAAAAGCAGCCGAAGCAUUUGCCGAACUUUCAAAGAGGAAGAAGACCAAGAAAAAUAAAAAGAAAGGUCCUGGCGAGGGUGUCUUGACUCUGCGCGCCAAGCCUCCAGCUCCGGAUGAAUUUGUUGACUGUUUGCAAAAAUUUAAACAUGGCUUCAACCUCCUGGCUAAGUUAAAAUCUCACAUCCAGAAUCCCAGUGCUCCAGAGUUGAUUCAUUUUCUGUUUACUCCAUUAAAUAUGGUGGUACAAGCCACAGGAGGCCCAGAGCUUGCCAAUACUGUCCUCAGUCCUCUGUUAACAAAAGACACAAUAGAAUUCUUGCGUUACACAGUCACAAGCGAUGAAGGACAACUGUGGAUGUCGCUAGGUGACACGUGGACCAAAGCCAGGGCAGAGUGGCCCAAAGAACAGUUCAUCCCCCCCUACGUGCCACGAUUCAGAAACGGCUGGGAACCCCCUUUGCUAAGCUUCAUGGGGCCCCCGAAGGAACAGGAGCUCAACCAGCUGGCGGAGUCCGUGGCCAAUGUGGCGGAGCAGCAGCGGAAGCAAGAAAUGAAACGGCUAUCAGCUGAGCAUUCCAGCAUCUCCGAUUAUCCUCCGUCCGAUGGGUAUGCAUUCAGUAACACAGCUUACAAAAGAGGGCCUCUGCCGGACCAGGGCGCAGCUGUAGCUGCUUUUAAACAAACUGUUAGCCGACAUGUAGAUAGAAAUUAUGAAGCACACGCAAAAGCCCAGAACAAGAAAUAUGCCAAAACCAAGUAUGACUUUGUGGCAAGAAAUCACAGCGAACUUUCAGUCAUGAAGGAUGACAUCUUGGAGAUUCUCGAUGACCGAAAGCAAUGGUGGAAGGUCCAAAACGCAAGCGGUGUUGCGGGAUUUGUGCCAAACAACAUCUUGGAACCUCUGAGAUCUCAGGAUUCAGGCUGCACUGAACCAUCCUAUACGCACACCAUACAGCAAUUACUGGGAGAACUCUCUGAGAAGCAAAGGACAGACUUUGUUCCGAAGCAACCCGACGGCACUCCUGUGGCUCCCUCCCCACCUCAGACGCCAGUCCCUGUCCCCCUGCCUCCCAGUGUGCCAGCACCUAUCCCAGUUCCGGUGCCAAAGGUCCCUGGAGCCAUCAGCCGCCAGAGCAGCACUUCCAGCGAUAGCGGGCGAGAUUCCCAAAGGCAAAAACCACCGCCUAUUGAUCGAAGGAAGUCUCAAAUGGAGGAAGUCCAGGACGAGCUCAUUCACCGGCUCACCAUUGGCCGGGGCGCUGCCCAAAAGAAGUUCCACGUGCCACGUUCUAAUGCCCCGGUGGUCAAUAUCAACUAUGACUCCUCUCCUGAAGACGUGAAGAUGUGGCUACAGGCCAAAGGCUUCAACCCAGUGACCGUCAACAGCCUCGGCGUUCUGACCGGCGCUCAGCUCUUCUCCCUCAACAAAGAAGAACUCAAAACAGUGUGUCCGGAAGGUGCUCGCGUCUAUAGCCAAGUCACCGUUCAGAAAGCGGCACUGGAGGCUAGCAGCGGAAGUUCGGAAUUGCAAGAGAUCAUGCGAAGGCGGCAGGAGAAGCUGAGCGCAGUGGCCACGGACUCAGGAGUCGAGUCUUUCGACGAGAGCAGCAGUCACUAAACAUCUUUUUCUAAUAACUUUUCCCCUCAUCAUCGCUGUCAAGAAGAAAAACCAGAAAGAGCUCCCAUUGUCCUCGGCACCGCUCCAUCCUGCUUUGUUCUAGGAAGCCGCGCAAAAGGGAGACGUCCGGUUCCCUGUUCUUGUAGAUAACCGCUUGAUGCCAUAAAGGAAGCAUGCAGUUGAGAAGGAGAGGGGGGCACGUGCCCCCUUCCCUCCCAAGUCUAUGUAAAGGAAGUUCUCCCUUGGGGCAUCCUUUACCAGCCCCUCGUAAGGCUGGUUUGGUGGCACUGAUCAUUUCAUGCUUCUCUCCUUCCGCCCUUCCUUUUGUUUUUCAGCGGGCAAGCAAAAUACCGUCGCUGCUUUCCGUGGAAAGCGGAGCCCGUAGAGAAAAUGUGUCGAGUCUGGAAGGAAAGGCCCUGAUCCAAAUGCAGUUAAGCUUUUAAAAAUCUCAUUGAUUUUUCGAUGCACUUCAAGCGCCGUGCCCCGCUGGAAAUCAUUGAGAAUCAAAAGGCUUUGCUUUUGCUGGGCCUUACCUUGCAUUUCUUCCUUUCCUCUAGCUUUGCAGCCCUGGCCCCUUCCCUUCCUCAGCCCCGAGGGGUUCCGAUUUACUUAAAAAGUUCCAGAUGCCAGCAAGCCGAAGGUUGGAAUGUUCUAACGUCGGCGGAGGCAGCAGCUGCUCUGACCUUACAAGCACAGACCCAUACUCUUCCGUACACCUUCCCGAGAAGAUGGUUUCUUAAUGGAAAUGUAGAUAGCGAAAUAAUUUAUUCUGGAUUUCAGUUUUUAUCGGUAUCCCGGUGGGCGUAAGUGGUCAGCGAUCAAGGCACCCGUGGGAACAGCACAAAGGAGGUUGGUUUUUUAAAAGGGGGGGGGGGCGCAGUCGAACUGUCGGUACCAGCGUGGUGGUUUCACAGUAUUAUCUUAUUUUUUAAAAAGAGCAUUGCACGCUCGUUUGCUUGAGCUGUUUAAGUCCAAAGCAAAGCAAAACCUAGGGGUUUGGUGUGUUUUUUUGCAAGAGCAAAAUAGGAAAGGGGAUCGUAAAAAAUGGUUGAAGAGACUGAAAUGUUCAUUUCCAACUUAAAUUUCCUAAAAUAUGGCCAAUUCUGAUAUAUAAAGAUAUAUCUAUCUUCCAGUAAAUGAGAUUUUUUGAAGGGUGUGUGUGUUUUGGGGGAAGGGGGGUGAACCUCAGUGACUUAUUUUUUCCUUCAGAAGAAAAAAAAAAAAGCUCUAUUCUGUCACUUGUAUAUAAAGGCAUCCAAAACCCAUCAUGUCAUCUAGAAGAAAUUAAUCAUCUAGUUUUAUUAAUUUUCAUGGUGCCUUUUUCACAUGAUUCAGCUGCAAUAAACACUAUUUGAUGUAUGUGAAA